AUGUUCCGCUUUGCCCUCUUGAGUUUCCUCCUUGUUGCCGCACAGGCCAAUAUCCGCUCCGAGUUUGAGAGCAAGCUGCGUAGCAAAGUCGCCCUUCGCGAUCUGCGUGCACUGCAGGGACUUCCCGAAGGCUUUGAUGCAUUCGAGUUCAACUUUGCUGGAUUCACUUUCAAUGCUGCUAUGGCUAUGGAAAAGUGCCCCAAUGAGUGGGAUGCUACCUUCCAAUGUCUGAUCAAGGACUGUCCCAAUGCCCUUGAUGUCUGCCCUGACUUGACCGGGGCGGCUCCUGUUGGGAGUAUUACAACUAUCGCACCAGGAGAUAUGGAAUCUGGUGAAAUGGAAGGCAUGGAUGUAAAUGCCACUGAACCCGAGAUGCCCGAGAUGGAGCCACCAUCUGAGAUGCCUGAACCUGAGACUAUGCCAGAAGGAGAAGGCGAAAUGCCAGUAGAAGGUGAAGGUGAGACGCCUAUGGAGGAGAUGCCUAUGGAAGCAACCCCAGUUCCCGAGGCUGAAGAUAUUGUCGAUGGAGUCGAAGAUGUUAUCGAUGCUAUCGAUGAGCUGCUUGAAACUGCCGUUCCCUCUUCGGGCGGCUCUCGUUUCUUGCAAGAUGCCGCGGCUAUCCCCGAAUGUGCCGAACUUGAGGCUGAAUUCUGUGAUGCCCUUGCUGGAGAAGACACUGAGGAUUGCUGUUUGACUGCCUGUACUGAUGAAAUCCAAGCAUUGCUUGUCUGUGUCAUUAUGGAAGAAACUGGAGAAGACAGAUCUGACUGCGAAAUUCCAGAGUGUGAAACUGCUGGACCAGCUCCAAGCACAUCCGCCCCUGCACCUGCACCAUCAUCUGAUGCAGCCAGCAUCUCCAGAGUGGCUGCCUUGUCUGCUUCUCUUCUUGCCUUUGCUGUUUUGUAA